UCAGAAGGAAUCCACCCUGCAUCUUGUUUUGAGACUUCGCGGAGGUAUGCAGAUUUUCGUCAAAACCUUGACAGGAAAGACCAUCACGUUGGAAGUUGAGGCGUCUGACACGAUCGAGAACGUCAAAGCCAAAAUUCAGGAUAAGGAAGGAAUCCCCCCAGAUCAGCAGAGAUUGAUCUUUGCCGGUAAACAGCUCGAGGACGGCCGCACGCUUUCUGAUUACAACAUUCAGAAAGAAUCCACGUUGCAUUUGGUAUUGAGACUUCGUGGUGGUAUGCAGAUUUUCGUCAAGACGCUCACGGGUAAAACCAUCACACUGGAGGUUGAGGCUUCGGACACGAUCGAAAAUGUCAAAGCCAAAAUUCAGGACAAAGAAGGUAUCCCCCCAGAUCAGCAGAGAUUGAUCUUCGCCGGUAAACAGCUCGAGGACGGC